GCAUUCAUUUUAUUGACAAUAAUUUUUUUUUUUGUCUUUCAAUUAACCUAAAUUAUAAUUGUAUACAAAUAUGAGUUUAUUUUCGAGAUUUAAUUUAAUUCGUGGACACAAUAGUGUUAUGAAAAAUUUAAUUUUUUCAAGUUUUAAAAAUACAUGUGAACAAGAUGCUGCUGUUUUUAAAAAUCAUAAAUUAACAAGAAAUUUUUUUGGCUUUGGAAAAGAAAUGAAAUUUCCAUCAAAAGAUCCAAGUGCACCAAUACAUGAGCCAAAUAAAUCACAAACAAAUAUAAAAAAAGAUAGAAAUUCAAUCCAAAAAGUUGAUGAUAAUAAUAAUAAAUUAAUUAAUAAUAAUAUUUGGAAUUAUUUAGAAAAAUCAAAUGGAUAUAAAAAUGAAUGGGGUGUUAAAUUAUCAAAUGAUUUGAUAAAACCAAUGAUAACAGAUGAUCAUGUACAAAAUUUUGUUCUAAAACGUAAAUGGGGAGUAACAAUAUUAAAAACAAAUUUACAUGAAGCUAUAAAAAAUAAAAAUUCAAUAGAUAAUAAAUCAAUACUAAAUGAUUUCCUUAAAAAUGAUAAUAAAGUUUUAUCAAAAAGUGAUAGACCACCUCCAAUUAUUGACUCAAUGAACAUCUCAUCAGUACUAACUCCAAGUAGUGAUAUUGAAAUUGAAGAAGAAGACGAGGAUGAAAAACCAUUGAAAAAUAUUAACAAGGAACAAAUUAAUAAUGCUUCAAAAAAACUUGAAAUACCAUCAUCAACAUUACUAUUGACCAAUGAAAAUUCAAUAAAUCCAGAACUUGAUUAUUACACAACCAAGGAUUUAUUAACAGAUGAUGAAUUAUCAGCAUGGAAAGAUGUUGUUAAAAAAACAAUAAUACACAAUGAAGAAAUUAUAGAAUCAAAAAAAAAUAAAUUAAUUCAAGAUAAUGCACCACAAAUAUUUUCAAUACCACCAGAACCACCAACAAAAAUUUAUGAUGAUCCUGUUGUUAAAACAUUUGACAUAAAACAUGAUAAAAAAAAUUAUAAUUCAAAUAAUAUUAUUAAUAAUCAAAAUCCAUUUGUUAUUAAUAUGAAAAAUAUACUUGUACAUGAUAUAAGUACAAGAAAAUUUCACACAAUAAGUUCAUGGUUUUUAGCUACAAGUAUUAAAAAUAAUAACUCAAAUGAAAUUUGUAAUUUACCAGUACAAAUAUUUGAUAUUACUGAAAAACCAAUUGAUAGAUUAUUUGGUAAUUAUCAAAUUGAAUCAUCAUCAAGUCCAUCAAAUGGUCUUGUCAAAUUUGAUAGUGAUAAAAAACCAGAAGAUGAAAAUAUAAAUGAAGAAAUUAAAAAGAAUGAUGAUGAUGAUUUUGUACAUGCACCAGGUGAUCCAUAUCCAUUUAAUCGUGAUAAUUAUGAAAAAUGGAAAUUACCACAUGGAAGUGAUCCUCUAAAUCGGCAGCCAACUGAAUAAUAAAAUUUUUUAAUUAUAUUUUCAUAAAAUUUACAUGGAUGAUGAUUUAUUUGUCCAGGUGAUGGUGCAAACAAUAAGAUUGAGGAUAAAUGUGAUAAUAUUAAAUCAAUUGAUGAUUUAAAAAAGACAAAAUCAUCAACAAGUGAUAAAUCAAAGAGGGUAUUGAUAACUGAUGUUACACAAUCAUCCAGCCAUGAAAAAACAAUACAUCCAGAUGUUGAAUUAUCCAAACAAAGUGUCACUUCAAAUCCAAAAUAUGGCUUGAUGGAUUUAAUCUGGCAAAUAAUAACUUUAAAAUUCUUCAAAACCAAGAAAAUUGAAACUCAAAAUUUACAAAUAGCAUCAACAAAAAAAACACGAACUUUGGAUCCAAUGGAAAUAUCACGUAUUUAUGAGUUAAAAAAUUACCAAUACAUUCGUCCACAAGAUUCAAAAGAUUUUCGUCAAUUUAAUAAUUAUAAAAAAUUGCCAUAGUGUGUUAAAAUUAUAAUUAAAAAAACCAAAAAAAAAAUAAAUAAAUUCAUAUAAAAUAAUAU